UUCAUUCAGAAAACACAGCACUCGCCGUUGUGUUUCUUCUACUUGCCUGUGUGUAAGCUUCUGAUAACCGAUAAGCCUAGAAGGGUGUUCUCUUCUGCUGUGUAGCUGUUCUCCAAGAGAGGACAGAGAACGAUUUAAUUCAGUGAGUUCUUUGUCCGUUAGAUUGAGUUUCUCCAGCGCUGAUGGCGUCUUGCAUGCUAGCAUGCCUGUAAAGCCUGUGAAUUUUUUUGCAGCGGUGUACAUCCACCGAAUCAGAAACUUCUCAAGGUACCCCUCAGCCUCAAGCUUGUCAUCGGACGUUUAAUCUGCCAUGGCCGCCAUGGUUAACCUCCAGUUAGCUCUGAGCGUUGUGGGGAUCAUCUCAAUCUUAUGCCGCUUCAGCACUGCAUACACUCCUGCAGACAACUACCUCAUCAGUUGCGGCUCCUCUGUCGAUACGCCAGUCGGCCAGAGGGUCUUCGUCGCCGACGACUCCGGCUCGGUCACCCUGACUGCGCCUCAAAGCGCCACCGUGAAGGCCUCGCCGAGUUCGGUGUCAGGCUUCGACGACGCCGCGGUGUACCAGAGCGCUAGGGUGUUCACGGCGCCGUCGUCGUACUCGUUCAAGAUCAGCCGCCCCGGCCGCCACUUCGUCCGCCUCCACUUCUUCCCCUUCGUGUGCCAAAGCUACGACCUCGCCGCCGCGAGCUUCAAGGUGUCGACGCAGGACGCCGUCCUCAUCGACAGCUUCACGACGGCGAGGAAAAACGCGUCGUCGCCGGUGUGCGACGAGUUCUUGCUGAACGUCGCCCGUGACACGCUCAUCAUCACGUUCGUGCCGCUGGCCGGGAACGUCGCCUUUGUCAACGCCGUCGAGGUCGUCUCGGUCCCCGACGACCUCAUCACUGACCGAGCAGAGGAGUCGGACUCAGCGGGGGCGCAGCAGCUCAACCCUGCCGUGCUGCCGCUGCAAACGGCGUACAGGGUCAACGUGGGCGGCCCCGCGGUCGCUGCCGACGACGACACGCUCUGGCGAGAGUGGGCGACCGAUCAGCGCUUCUUGGUCGGUUCUGCCAGAACACGAGACGUGGUCUACAACGGAAGACUGAACUACCUCGCCGGCGAGGCGACACGUGAAGACGCGCCGGACGUGGUAUAUGACACGGCCAGGGAGUUGGUCAUCGUGUCAAACUGGUGGGAUACGUCGAAACAGAUGACGUGGCAGUUCGACGUCGACGAGCAGCCGGCGAGCUACCUGAUCCGAUUCCACUUGUGUGACAUCGUGAGCAGAGCACCUCACCUUCUCCACAUCGAUGUGUACGUGGAUAGGUACAUCGUGGUUGAAGAUCUUGAUCUUUCAAAGAUAGAGAGUGGUGCCUUGGCCUUCCCGUACUACAUGGAUUUCAUCUUGGGUUCCAGCGAUCCAUCCGGCAAGAUCACGAUCUACGUUGGCUCAUCGUCGACGAUGAAGAUGAACAGUACAUUACCAAGCCCCAUUCUGAACGGGAUUGAGAUCAUGAAGAUGCACUUCAGCACCGGUUCCGUUGCCGUCGUCGAGCCAACGGCCGGAUCAAAGAAGCAGCAUUUGGCCGUCGUUUUGGGCUCAGUCUGUGGAGCCUUCGCCGUCGUGUCCAUUGCCGUUGUUCUUGUCGUUGUCCUUAGGAAGAAAGAGGAAAAGGUGUUGCCUACACCGUCGCAGAGCCAGCAGUCGACAUCAUGGAUGCCGCUCCUCAACCGAUUCAGCUUUCUCAGCGGAGGGCCGAACGCCACCGGAACAGGAUCACCCAGCUUCACCACUGCCACCAACAUGGCAGAAGCGAGCCCUGCUGCCUCUUCGGUCCCGAGCUACCGUUUCCCGUUCGUCAUGCUGCAGGAAGCGACGAACAACUUCGACGAGAGCCUGGUCGUCGGGGAAGGCGGCUUCGGGAAGGUGUACCGUGCCGUGCUCCCGGGCGGCACCAAGGUCGCCGUGAAGCGCGCGAGCCCGGAGUCGCGGCAGGGCGCGCGGGAGUUCCGCGCGGAGAUCGAGCUGCUGUCCGGCCUGCGCUACCGGCACCUCGUAUCCCUCAUCGGCUACUGCGACGAGGGCGACGAGAUGAUCCUGCUGUACGAGUACAUGGAGCAUGGCUCGCUAAGGAGCCGCCUGUACGGCGGCUCAGCCACGGCGGAGCGCUCUCUCAGCUGGCCGCAGCGGCUGGAGGCCUGCGUGGGCGCGGCGACGGGGCUCCUCUACCUGCACACGGCCGUGGCCAAGCCGGUGAUUCACCGCGACGUCAAGUCGUCCAACAUCCUGCUGGACGGCGGCCUCGCUGCCAAGGUCGCCGACUUCGGCCUGUCCAAGGCCGGGCCGGAGCUCGACGAGACGCACGUCAGCACGGCGGUGAAGGGCAGCUUCGGGUACGUCGACCCGGAGUACGUCCGCACGAGGAAGCUCACAACCAAGUCCGACGUGUACUCGUUCGGCGUCGUCCUGCUCGAGGCGCUGUGCGCGCGCCCGGUCGUGGACCCGAGGCUCCCAAGGCCUAUGGUUAACCUGGUGGAGUGGGGCUUGCACUGGCAGCGCAGGGGCGAGAUGGACAAGAUCGUCGACCGCCGCAUAGCCGGGAUGGUGAAGCCUAGAGCCCUGAGCAAGUACGGCGAGACGGUGGCCAGGUGCCUCGCGGACCGCGGCGCUGAUCGGCCGGCUAUGGAAGACGUCGUGUGGAGCCUGAAGUUCGUGGUGCGGCUGCAGGACGACAACGCCUUUGACUUCUCCGAUGUGAACAGCUUGAACAUGGUGAAUGAGCUGACGCCGCCCUCGUAUACUCGUCAGAGAAGCUCGACUGAAGGUGAAACCGGACGGGAGGAGGGAGACAGUGUGGCCAACGGCGACUACACUGAUGUGUCCAUGCGAGGUAUCUUCUGGCAGAUGGUCAAUGUGCGCGGAAGGUGACGCUUGGAGAAUGUUGGCUUCUGUAGGUAAUAAGGAAAUCAGGCUGCAUAUGCAUUUUCAGUUCACUUUCACCUUAGUCGCCAGAUCAAAAGGCAUGUGUUACCAUUGGCAACCAUUUUCAGUUCACUUUCUCCUUAGUCGCCAGAUCAAAAGGCAUGUGUUAUAUUGGCAACCAUUAUCAGGUUGCGAUAACUGAAUACUGAAUAGCCUGAGAAUUCUACAUUCCAGAA